GUAAACAAAACAAGGAUAUGUAUUUUUAAAUCAAGCAGGCCUUGAGAUAUUAAAAGUCAAUUAAUAACGUAUUAAAAAUGAUGCACAAGGGCAAGGACAUGAAACGCACUGGAGUAUAUCGUGUGAGUGGCAACAUUGCAGACUUCCAAUUGCUUCUGAAGCUGCGACACAUCAGCGAAUGGCUGCCGGUGCCGAAAUUGGAGUACAACGGAGCCCAAGGUACGGGCGAACAGCCGGAAACAGACGAGGACCGCUGGUCAGACUGCCUCAUUCAUAUACCGCAGGACGAUGAUGUGUAUGGCAGUGGACGGAAUCGCAUUGGGUAUUAUGGCUGUUACUAUAGCUUUCCCAGUGGAGGUGGCAGUGCCAGCCACCCCGUCACCGCCAUGGUACGACGGCGCAAGAGUCCCAGAUCCCCCAGAGCUAUAGAGGCGCCGCCUGAAGUGCGGGCGGAGGAAAAUCUGAAGAAGCAAGAGAAGGAGGAUGAGGCGGAGGAGAAGAAGGAAGUGGCGAAGAAGCUUCCAGCCAUCGAAGCGCCGGAGUCUCACAAGGACGGAUCCCAUGAAUCGCAAGAGGCCGUCUACCAGGAUCCGCAGAGGACUUCUUUCCCCGAGAAUAGCGCCGAUAUGUUCUACGAAAGAAACCGAGAACUGUGCAAUGGAGCCAUGGCCUCCAUUUGCAUAUCCUGGCAGCAGAAAUACUUCAGUCACCCGGAACUUCAGCGCCAGCUUGCCGAUCUGGGUGCAUGUGCCUCCAAAGCCCAGAAGCGCUAUCAUAACUGGGCCCUGGAGAUACAGAAUCUGCAGCAGCUGCAUCUCCAGAAACUGGAGCAGCAACGAGAGCGUAUCCAGGAAAGAGAACAGGAUCUGGAGCGAAUGCGAGUGCGUCGCAAGCCGCGGAAAACACGACCGCUGAGACCUCGUCCUGGGGUGACCGCCCUCACCACAAUGCUCGUCAGUAAUGGAUUGUCGUCGGCCAGCACGUCGGAGGUUUCGCUGGCGGAUGACCCGCAUUUUGCGGCUAGGACCUGCCUGGUUUACACCCUGGUGGAUGGUGAUUCCGAGGACAUGCUGCCCCGGGAGGCCCACGAUAUCAAGAGCAAGGGCCAUCAACUGAUGUAUGUGUACGCCGAUUUGCAGCAGAAGACCCUACUUGUCACCCUACGGUACGAUCCUGUCCAGGGCCUGCUCUAUGUCUACCCGGACUUCAGUGCGAGUGCCCAGGAUCUGGACUAUGUGGUGGUCGUUGAGAGGGAAAACGAUUGCCGACAGUUGUAUGCUUAUGGUUUUGAGAACGCCACGCCCUUGCAGUUGGUGAAAACGGUUGAGAAUGUCCGGCAGGAUGGGGAGGAGUCGGAGACAGAUUCCGAGGAUGCCGAGGACCUUCCAGGCGAUAGAACGGCCUUGGAACUAUUGGACUACCAUCAGCGUCAGAGGUUGGAUGCCACGGAGUUGCGUUACCUGCUCCAUUUCGAUAUGCCGCCCAAGCGGAUGCGCCGGAUCUGCGUGCUCCUGGAGCUGCAGGAGGCCCAGUUCUUUGAGCGUCCCAACAUCCAUGUACGAUACUAUGUGCAGCCGCCGCAGCACACCCUCUGGGAGUCGUCCAUGGGCACCGGCGCGGACGAUCCCCUGAGAGGAUCGACUGCCACAUGCCGGAACGCGGGUGACUUUCGGCUGGCCAAUCUGGGUCACUGCUGGCAGGUGACCCUUCUCUGCGAGGAGCACUACCAACCCAAUGAACUGAUGCACAUCUACUUUGAGGUCGUUUCCAUUGAUUUCUGGCAACGCGAACGCUGCGAGGGCUAUGCCCAUUAUUCCUGCUCCUUGAUCUCUCCCUUGACUAGCGAGACCGUCAAGAUGCAGUGCAUCCGGCCACUGGGCAGCUGGUUGGAUUCCCUGAAUCGUUACUUCAUUGGCGGUCGGAAGCUCUUUGACUUUGUCUCGUACUUCGAUGCCCAGAAUGCUGAGAAGGAUAUCCACAAUCGCUUGAACUUGGACCCCGGCAGGGCCAUGAGGAGCACUGGCUACCUCGUGCUCCAUGUCCAGAAGUUGCAGCAGCGCCACGUGGAGAAUUCGGUCGGGCAGCUACAACUGGAUUUGUGCGACAGCUCCACCGAGGCCAGUGGUUCCGACGAAGAUGCCAAGUCCGGCUCGAUGACGGACACCGCCAGGGCCACCACUCUGGACGAAGUGAUGACCGCCUAUGUGGAGGCCAGGGAGAGAAUAGAGUCCCUCCUGGGAAGAGCCAUAGAAGCUUAGUGGCAGCGAAUUCUAAGAACCAACAUCGAAUUA